ACACAACAUUAUUGAGUUUUUACCAAAUUACAAUAUCGACUUUCACAUUUCAUGGCGUCUCGAACCCUAGGGUUUGGGGGGCCAUGGAACUGGGCAUGCAAGCAGACACACUAGCAAGAAUGAAAGGCAACCGCGACGACUGCCCUUCAUGGCUUCCCGAACCCCAAGGUUUGGGGGCCGUGAAAGGGGUCACCUCCAGCGAGUACGGCUGUUUCCCUGGCAUUCAGUGAUUGUGUAUAUAUAUUGAUGAUGAUCUUUGAGAUCGAUAAUCACGUGUUGUCUCGACGAAUGGACUUCGGGAGUAGAAGUUUCGGACUUAGCUAUGUCUGGCCUCGGGAAUGUAACCUGCAAGACAACGGAGUAACGGGACUAAGAUCCCCUGGUGUAGACUCCGACGUUCAAGUCAGUAGAAUAAAUGUGGGUACCAAAAAGUGUAAAAAUUGGAGACUUGUCGUGAGGGCCCUUGUAUUUUAUUAGCAAGUCCGUUAUAGGGUACUUGAGAUAAAGCCCGAGGUAGGCAGGCACGGCUCCCGGGGACCCCGGUCAAAUUGGAAAGAGUCUCAUGGUUUGGUUCGAAUUUUUUGGACUCCACUAUGGAUUGCUCUAUAAGUGUUGCCACAUGUCCUUUAACUAGUCGUAUAUGAUUGUUCCUCAUUCUGUUUUGUGGUCUUGCCACGUGUCAACCUCUUGGGCGAUCAAUGUGGCAAGCGAGACUGCUAGUGUGCAGGGAGUAUUUUAGUAAUUUAGAUAAUGCCAUAUCACUUGCCUUCUACUCCUUAAGCCGAGCUGAAAAUCAUGCUAAGUCGAGAAGUAGCCUAAUUUCUAUAGUCAUUUAAGUGUGGACUUUCCCCGACGUGAAGUCAUUUGAAUAUGAAUCUCUUACUUAAAAAUAGUCAUUUAUUACAUUGAAAUUAUAAGAAGUGUUUGGUUGGAGGGGUUAGGUCCUUCUAUAUAAACCUAAGGCCCCACCCCUCAAUCAUCACUUCACUUGAUAGUUAUGCUCCUAACUUUUGAGGUCAGUCUUUCCAUUUCUUCUCCUUUUUUACUUCUUCCUUUCCUUUUCUUUUUUUUUUUUUUAAAAAAGCCCUUUCAAGGCCAAGCUCGGCACAACCAGGGUCGGCCUGCCCGAGCUUGGCCAGGGGCCAAGCACGACCUGGCCAAGGUCGGAGCUCGGCCGUCUGGGGCAGGGGUCGAGCUUGACCUUGGCUGGGCUCAAUCAGGCCGAGGUCGGCCACGACCGAUCCUCUUUGGGGCUUUUGCCUCGCUGCUGCCUUUUUUUUUCAUUUAAUAUAUAUAUAUAUAUAUAUAUUGAAACUUUGGCUUAACUAAACUGUUUCUUGUUACUUUCAUCGCAGGCGUGGUUGAGGGUUCCCAAGCUAGGCCAUGUCUGUUGAGCUUCCCUUUAGCUCAUGCCCAGCUCCAGUUUUCCUUUCCUGACUUAUGUCCUCUUGCUCCCGGUCAAUUCUUCUUCUUCUUCAUCCUCUUCCUUGGGCUCAGAAACCUAUAGUACUAUAGUGAGGAAUUGAGUCUAGAAUUAUCCAGUUCCUCCCACGAUCACUUUUGCAGGCCCAAAAAACCUAAAGAAGCUUUUCCUCAUCUUUCCUUGGAGUCCUGUCUGAGCAGUUAUCCCAACUUAGAGAACUUAUCUAAGGAUUUGACUAUCGACCACUCCACCAUAAUCGAGAAGGAGUUGAUUCCUUUCUCCAAUAAAUACCAUCUCAUUCUCGAUGAUUAUUGGUAUAGAGAACCCAGGGGCUUGAAAGCCCACCAAGCCCCCUAUGGUUAUAUCACCGUGUAUAAGUAAGCCCUUGCUACCGGCCUUAGGUUUUCCCAUGCGGCUCUUGUAAUCGAGGUGUUUUUUGCUGUGAAGUUAUGUUUUUCUCAGUUGACUCCCAAUAGGUGGAGGUGUCUUGCUACAUUCGUUCUCUGUUGUCGAGCUCGAGAUAUCGAGCCUAAUGGUCAUCUCUUUUUUUAGAAUAUUUAAGGUGGUUCCUGUUAGCAAGACUGAACCUCGGUUCGCUUUCUCUCCCCUCAAUCACCGUCAAUUCAUAAUUGAUAAUCAUACCUCAAUAAAAUGAUGGAAGAGUAGGUUUUUUUUUACUGGCCUGAAAGACAAUGAUGUCAGUUUUUGGGUGCUAGUUGAGUGGGUUUUCCAGCCUUCAAAGAUCCGUAAUCCUGAGGUCUUGCAUGAUGAGGUUCGUAACAUUCGGAUUUUGAAAGAGUUGAACCUUAUCAACGCUCGGGUAUUGAUAUGUGACCAUACCUUGUACUUGGGGGGUCUAUCAACUCAUGUCUGCUCCGAGCCCGAUGUUACUCUGAAAUGGUGAGCACGACCUUCAUCUGGGGAAAGAAUAAGCAGAGACCCGCGGAGGGUGAGGGAGCCACCGCCUCCAAGAAAAGGAAAGUUGCCAUGGAUCCCUCCCCCGCCGGGGAGAAGGAGUCUAGCCAUCUUAGGAGAAAGAAAACUUCUCAACCCUCGAUACAACUGAUCACAGCAUCCGAUUCUCCCAUAUACUGUCCAGACCACAUUCCUAAUUGGAGAGUGAAGGAGAGCAAUCUCAGUCGAAACAACCAAGUAGCGAGACGAAUGAUUCAUCACUUUGCCACUUCUGCCGACUGUCAAGUGUUGGCUAAACAUUCCUCAGAGGCAGUGGAGGCCUCCUUGUGUAAGCAUCUAACCCAGGUGGUCAUGCUUAUUUCAAACUUCUCUAGACGCUUUGCCCAGGCUUCUAAGAGAACCCUUGAACUGGACACUCAAUUGCACGAGAGGAAUGAGACAGUAGAGAGUCAAAGGAAGGACUUAGAAGAGUUGGCCUCCGAGCGACAAUCUUUGGGCCACCACAUUCAGGAGCUCGAGGAGGAGCUAUCCCGAGUGAACUCCCUCAAUCGCAAAUACGAACGCAAGUAUGCCAAACCUACCAAACUUCCUGAGGUGGAGGAGUUCAUCCAACAGAACCUGCAAGAGGCUUGGAGGAAAGGAUUCCAAGCGCAUGCUACUGAGGUUUUACGAGCUCACCGAAAUUUGGACAUGUCCAAUGUUCGAUCCAUUGAAGAGAUUGUAGCCAAGCUAGAUGAGGACUCGGAGAUGACAGACGAUGAAGACACUCCUCUUGAUGCUUGAGUUUUUUUUCUCAUUUUCUAGGUAGGACUUUUGUACUUCAUCCGACAUCAUGUAUUGGGCUACUUGCUUUUAAU